UGUAGUAUUCAGAACUACUACUACUACUACAGAUUCUACUUUUAAAAACCUCUUCAACAUAUCCUUCUCAAAUCUCAAUCUCAAUCUCAAAGCCGCCCUCCCCCACCUAUAACUGGCAAAUCGCCGCCGCUCUCCCUCCCUCCCGCAUCUCGACCUCGCAGAUCGCCGCUAGUCGCCGGCCGCCUUCCUCACCUCGCAGUCGCGCGUCGCACACUACUAUCCGUGUUUCUGCAUUUCUUUCUCUCUUCCUCCUAACCGAAACCCUACCCCAAAGUUCAUCCUAGUCGAAACCCCACCCCAUCCUGGUGUUUUAAUUGACAGGUUAGGAGAGGUGAGGAGAUGAAUGACAUGAGGCGGCCUCAACUCCUUUGUACCCGCGGCGCCCGCUGUCUGACCCUCAGCCCCUACAUUUUCACUUGUCUACUCUCGGGCCUACAUCAUGUUCAGAAAACUGAGGACAUUGCUACUAAUCUUUUCAAGCUACCAGUAGCACCUCUUCCUUCCUCUUCUUAUCUAGUAAAAUCUAGUGUGUUUUACACAACAUCUUGUCAAGUUAUACAUGAACAGAAGGAAUUAAAUUGUAAUACAGACAAGGUGAAAGACUCGACUGACAUUUUAAGAAAUUGGGGUUGUAGUGAGAAUGAUAUAUCCAAAAUAUUUGAGCGACGUCCAUCUUUACGCAAGGCAGAGUUUCAGAUUCUUCAGUCCAAGCUUGAAAUACUUUCUAAUUUGGGGAUUAAAUCUGCGGACCUCGUGAAAAUGGUACAUUGCCGACCCCGCUUUCUCAACUGUAGAAUCAACAUUGGUUUAGAAGAGCGCAUCAAAUAUUUUGAAGACCUCUUUGGUUCAAGGGAAGUGUUAAUCAAGGCUUUGGUGAGGAAUCCUUCUCUACUCACAUAUGAUAUUCACAAUAAAGUGAAACCUGUCAUUGCUAUAUAUGAAACACUGGGUCUUUGCAAAAGUGACUUGAUUGCCAUGCUUCUAUCACGCCCCACUUUGAUUCCAAGAACUAAUCUGGAUGAUGAGAAGAUUGAUUGCAUCCGCAAAACGGGGGUCCCAAAGGAGUCAAAGAUGUACAAGCAUGUAGUUUCUUUGUUUGCCAUAUCACGCAAAAAGACCAUUCAAGAAAAAGUGAUGAAUUUAGAGAAAUAUGGGCUGUCAGAGGAUGAUAUAUUUGGUCUGGUUGGGCGUUCUCCGAUGGUGUUAACGCUAUCCAUUGAUAAAAUUCAGAGGAACAUGACGUUUAUAAUGGGCACACUGAGACUACAAGCUUGUGUGGUACUUAGUAACCCAUAUCUGCUUUACUUCAAUUUGGAGACAGUUUUGAAACCACGGUUUCUUGUAGCAUGUAAAAUAGAGGAUAUGGGACUCGCUCCUCGGAUGAAGGGACCUGAGCUGUUAACAGCAUUGAGGAUGACUGAGAAGCGGUUUGUAUCUAUGUAUAUUAGUUGUCACCCCAAGGAUGUGGCCAAAGAGUUGAACACAGUCUAUGUAAAUGCAAAAUGUGUUAGAAGAUUGGCAGAGACAUCAAAGAGGAGCUUCCGUGGCAGGUUCCCUUUCUGAAGGAAUUCUAGAAUAGAGCAAAUUGUUGUGAUGCAGUGUAUUGCAUGGUGGCCAUAAAGUGGCGAGGCUUAUCGUGUUAGUGGGGAUCAAGUUUUCUUUCAUUCCUGUGGAUUUUCAAUACAAAAGGUACAAGAACCGGGAGCUGCAAAGUAAGGAUCUUCUGGACCAUCCAAAUGUCAUGUGUUUAAAGCAUUGUUGAAAUGUCUCUCUUGUGGGAUUUCUUUAGGCACCUGUGCCUACUGCAGAUAGAAGUUGUAAGUCAGCUGUCACUACCACUCAGCAUUCUCUCAGGGAUACUAACAACCUUUCUGAGCAGUGGCAGAGUUCCUUUCAAAGCUACAGGAACUGCUGUUGAUUGGGUUCAGAUGCUGUGGAUGAAGGUUUGACUCUUAUAAAUUUCACCUGGACUGGAUUCAGUUGGGAUCUUUGCCAUUUCACAGAGCUGUAGUGAAGUGGCAACCAAGGUUGCGGUGUUGUUAGUUUAGAACCUACAAUGGCGAGAAAGCAGGUAGGGGUUCAAUUAAUGAUACCAUUAAUUUGGAACCUAAAUUUUAUCAUAUCAAAUCACUAUUUAAACCAAAAUCCAAACUCAAAACUCAAAUCAAAACCUUAAAGGAACCCAAUCCUGUCUUGGUUUUGUGACUGUUGUACCUUGGAAGUGUUCACUAUAUUCCCGGCUGGAAAUAGAGGGACCAUCGAGCUCUCGUUUAUAGAUGAACUUUUCAUUUCUAGUCUGCAUCCCACAUAUUCAUCAGUGCAUGAUGUAUCUGAAAUUUGUGGACUAUAAGAUACAAAGCACACUGGAGAAGGGCAGUUCUGUGACAUCCAUAUGUUCAACCAUUUCUUGUUCAUUUACUGGAUUACUCAAGAUGCAUUUUGGCCGCCAUCCGACUUGUUAAGUGCCAGUGUGGUUUCAUAUUUCUUGUUUAAUCUAUGAAGUUUUUGCAUGUUUCACGAAGCUUUUGGGGAAAGUUGGAAAGGGAAAACUAGUCAGAACUCGAGGCUAGGGUUAGGUCCCCAUGAUCAGCACGCCGUAAAAGAGAUCUAAUUCUCCCUGCAGUUUCUGCUCCUCACCCGUCAAGGACAGAAUAGAAGCCGGCUCUCUGAUCUUGGAAGACCAAACCUUUAAUCACCCAAGAUUUGUAUAUGGCUUCAUCAGGUACGCUUCCGCUUUAAGGAUCGGGCAUCUAAUAUUCAACAACUGGUAUCAGAGCCAUGUUGCCCGUAUUUGGUAUUGAUUCUGUAUGGAUUUUCGAGAUUACCAUCUCGAGGGGGGUGUCAAGUAUUCCACAUUGGAUGUAAUGUUAGGAUUCCCCUACUUUAUAAGGGGUAAAGGGCUACUCCACUUACAACAAAUUGGUUUUAAUUGUUGGAAGUACAUAAAAGGCAUGCUGUGUGUGCAUACGUGUUUAUGUCUAUAUAUUUACAUGGUUAUGAGUCUUGAAAGUACAAAUAUU